AUGUCAUUCUUUGCAACCAAGAAGAACACCCGGGUGACCAACAAUCGUAUCAAUAUCGGAUACGACGAGCAACAUCGGGCUGCACCGACGGCGGAGUUGCAUAGCUCCUUGGCCCGCGACAUUGGUCAUGUCGUUCGGACCCAUUGCCCGAUGCAAUGGAAGUCUUGGAAGGUCAUGUCUGACGAGAUCAAGACAGAGGUUCGCGGCCAGUUGUCGACGAACUACAACUUGGAGAGGACCUCGACGACGAGUCGUUGGCGUACGUCAACAGACUCUUCUCUUAGAGGUACAAACAGUGGAAGAGCGACUUGCACCCCUAUUUUGAGGCGUUUGAUGAUCCGCAAGUCACUCUUCAGGAGGGUUGCCCGAAGGAGCUUGAGGGGCGGGAGGAUAGUUGGGCGUGGAUCUGCGCUCAUUUUCAGGCGCUCGCUUUUGUCAAUAAAGCCAAAGUCAAUAAGGGCAAUAGGAGGAAGAAGACUCUUCUCCACCAUUCAGGUUCCAGGCCCUUCUCCUAUAGGAUGGAUGCACGACGGCAGGGGGGGUCCAAAUUCCCAAAGAUCGACAUCUUUGGCGACGAUGGUGGAGAAGAGCCAGUUGGUUCUUCAGGAGUCCGCCUCCCAACUUCCUCCCGAUACUCCAAUUGAGUUUGUGGAUCCUCCACAGGAUGUUGGGUUUUAG